CCCGCGUGCACAGUGGACAGCACCUUCUAGAGUCUUAACUCAGUUCUGGAGGACCGGCAUCCCCCGGAUUUGUCCCUGGCGCUGUGGCGGCCCUGCUCCUGGGAUGUGAGAGCCAGGGACCCUCCCGCCUUGCGCCCUGGGGUGCGCGGAGCUCUCGCCGCCGCGCGCGCUGCCCUGAGUCUGAGGACGCGUGUGGAGAAAAGGAUCGUCAGGUUCGGGCAGGUGUAUAGACAGGCUAUGGUGAUAGGAAGAUGUUGGCCAGGAAGAGCAUCAUCCCGGAGGAGUAUGUACUGGCACGCAUCGCCGCGGAGAACCUGCGCAAGCCGCGCAUCCGCGACCGCCUGCCCAAAGCCCGCUUCAUUGCUAAGAGCGGAGCCUGCAACCUGGCGCACAAGAACAUCCGUGAACAGGGUCGCUUCCUGCAGGACAUCUUCACCACCUUGGUAGACCUGAAGUGGCGUCACACGCUGGUCAUCUUCACCAUGUCCUUCCUCUGCAGCUGGCUGCUCUUCGCUAUCAUGUGGUGGCUGGUGGCCUUCGCCCACGGGGACAUCUAUGCUUACAUGGAGAAAAGCGGCAUGGAGAAGAGCGGCCUGGAGUCCACUGUCUGUGUGACCAAUGUCAGAUCAUUCACGUCUGCGUUCCUGUUCUCCAUCGAAGUUCAAGUGACCAUUGGAUUUGGGGGGAGGAUGAUGACGGAGGAGUGCCCUCUGGCCAUCACCGUUUUGAUUCUGCAGAACAUCGUGGGCCUGAUCAUCAACGCGGUCAUGUUGGGCUGCAUCUUCAUGAAAACGGCUCAAGCCCACAGAAGGGCGGAGACUCUGAUUUUCAGCCGCCACGCUGUGAUCGCAGUCCGCAACGGCAAGCUGUGCUUCAUGUUUCGGGUGGGUGACCUGAGGAAGAGCAUGAUCAUUAGUGCCUCGGUGCGCAUCCAGGUAGUCAAGAAAACGACGACGCCAGAAGGGGAGGUGGUCCCGAUUCACCAGCUAGACAUUCCGGUGGACAAUCCCAUUGAGAGCAACAACAUCUUCCUGGUAGCCCCUUUGAUCAUCUGCCACGUGAUUGAUAAGCGCAGCCCCCUGUACGAUAUCUCAGCAACUGACCUUGUUAAUCAGGACCUGGAGGUCAUAGUGAUUCUUGAGGGUGUGGUGGAAACCACCGGCAUCACCACACAAGCAAGGACCUCCUACAUUGCCGAGGAGAUCCAGUGGGGGCACCGCUUCGUGUCCAUUGUGACCGAGGAGGAGGGAGUAUACUCUGUGGACUAUUCUAAAUUUGGAAAUACUGUGAAGGUGGCUGCCCCCAGAUGCAGUGCCCGGGAGCUGGAUGAGAAGCCUUCCAUCCUGAUUCAGACCCUCCAAAAGAGUGAACUAUCACACCAGAAUUCUCUGAGGAAGCGCAACUCCAUGAGGAGAAACAACUCCAUGAGGAGAAGCAACUCCAUCCGAAGGAAUAACUCUUCCCUCAUGGUGCCUAAGGUGCAGUUCAUGACUCCAGAAGGAAACCAGUGCCCAUCGGAAUCAUGACUGCAGGAUGACCCGACACUGUCACCCUGAGUUCUGAUGACUGAAUGUUGGACUGGCCACCAAGACAAGGUUGGAACACAGUAUUCAUAUUUUGAUGCACCGAAAAAUGUUCAUAUUCAAGAAAUAAAGCUUCCUUUAUUAAUAAAUAAUAGCACACAAA